AUGCUGCUUGAUCUAUCGAAUUGCAACCUGAAAAGUUUGGAAGACUCGGAUAUAAUUCUAGAAAAGUUAAUAGAGUUAAACUCUGGAUACACAAGCGUAACAUACCUAGAUGUAUCAAACAAUUAUAUCACAUCAUUGAAAGGACUUCGUUGUUUUGAAAAUUUGAAAAUAUUGAACAUAUCAAAUAAUGGGUUGCUAUCAUUAGAUGGAGAUUACAUACCAUCGUCGACAGAAAAAAUAAUUGCACACCAUAACAAUCUGAGUGAUAUCUGUUUUAAGGGAAUUAAGAAGUUAUCUGGAUGUAGGGAAGAAAAAGACAAUAAAAACGAGUUAGUAGGAUUUGAAAAAAGAAGAUAUGAUGAUAAACAUAAUGGGGAAAUAAAGAAUACAUUAAAAAAACAGCUAGAAGAUGAUUCAUUAAAUUCAUCAUUUUAUGACACAUUUAGCAAUAAUAUGAUAAAUGAACAUAUUUUAUAUACAAACAAAAAUUUACCACUAAAUAAAUUAGUAUAUCUAGAUGUAAGUUUUAACAAUAUAAAGAAAUUUACCACAUUUGAAAGAUAUUUGCAUAUCAUAAAUAAAAAAAAGACAGAUAGAACCCAUGAAGGAUACUCAGAUGAUGCACAUAUAAAAAAUUUCAUCACGAAUAAAACGGAACAAGAUGUUAUGAUUUUAUUUUUUAAUUCUUUAGAAACGCUAUAUCUAAGAGGAAAUAAAUUAACCAAUUUAAAAGGUCUAAGUGUCUUUAAAAAUCUUAAGAUACUUGACCUCCGUUCCAAUCUUAUUAAUCAUCCUGUUCAAUUAUUUUACCUUCUCGACAAUAAAAACUGGUUAAAACAAUAUAAUGAAAAAAAUUUCAAGAAAAAAAACAUCUCGAAUAGUUACUAUGCCUAUUUUCUCUGCAUACUUCAGAAAUAUAAAGAUCUAAAAUGUUUGCAGAAUUUGUUUUUGAAAGGGAAUCAACACGUUCUAAAGCCUAAGCACCUGUUCCUCAGUGUCUAUAAUGUGCUCAGAUGUGCCAAUACGCGAGGGGGGUUCACGACAGAUGUUGUCGUGGAGACGGAAAAGAUGGAUGAGGAGGUAGAAGCUGAGGAGGUAGAAGCUGAGGAGGUAGAAGCUGAGGAGGUAGAAGCUGAGGAGGUAGAAGCUGAGGAGGUAGAAGCUGAGGAGGUAGAAGCUGAGGAAGUGGAGUCUGAGGAAGAGGAAUCUGAGGAGGUAGAAGCUGAGGAGGUAGAAGCUGAGGAGGUAGAAGCUGAGGAAGUGGAAUCUGAGGAAGUAGAAGCUGAGGAAGUAGAAGCUGAGGAAGUAGAAGCUGAGGAAGUGGAGUCUGAGGAAGUAGAAGCUGAGGAAGUGGAGUCUAAGGAAGUGGAGUCCGAGAAAGUGGAAGUCGAAGAAGAGGAGUCUGAUGAAGCUGAGGCGGAAGAAAGGGAAACACGAGAGGAACUUGAAGAGGACUUGUCAAACAAGUCGAAGAAAAAUAUUCUACGCGAUUUUAUGAACAACUUUCUGAACGAUUUUCCAAAUGUUAUGACCCACCGAGACUCAGCCCCUUCCACAAAGAGUCUCAUAAUGGGGAAGCAAUCGGAAGAAGCUGAUUCGACAGACGGGGCUGAGUUGGACGAAACUGCGUCAGACCGAACUGUGUCAGACGGAACUGCGUCAGACAAUAUGAUAUCAGGUGAAAACCAGUUGGAUGAUUCUGAUAUGAAGAACAGCUAUUUGGACAUGUAUUUCGAUAGCGAAGAAGUAGAAGAUGUUCCAGAGGAACUAAGAUGCGGAUUCCAGAGAAGUUGGUACAGGUUAGAGGAGUUCCUGAAACAAGGGAAUGGCUGUGUGUCAAGGGCACGUGAUGAAAGGGGUGCCCGGAAGUAUAGACGAAGGUCACCUCUGGAACAGAAUCAAACAAAGGCUCGGACAGGAGGGCGGAUGGGGUCUGAGACAGGAACGAAGAUAGGAUCUGAGAAAGGAACGAAGAUAGAAUCUGAGACAGGAACGAAGAUAGAAUCUGAGAAAGGAACGAAGAUAGAAUCUGAGAAAGGAACGAAGAUAGAAUCUGAGAAAGGAACGAAGAUAGAAUCUGAGAAAGGAACGAAAAUAGAAUCUGAGAAAGGAACGAAGAUAGAAUCUGAGAAAGGAACGAAGAUAGAAUCUGAGAAAGGAACGAAGAUAGAAUCUGAGAAAGGAACGAAGAUAGAAUCUGAGACGAGAACCAAGAUAGAAUCUGAGACGAGAACCAAUAUAAACACUCAGAAAAAAGUUCAAGUGGAAAGUCAGAAAAGAGCCCCGGUGGAAACUCAAAUGGUAAUCGGGACUGAGUUCAUGGAUAAAGAAAAUAAAAAACUAAUGAAAAGCAAAGAAAGAAACGAGAGGAAAGUACAUGGAAAGGAUAAUGGAACAAGAGGCCUCAUGAAGAAAGCAACAAAUUCUAGUGAAACAUAUGUAUUGGAGGACACCAGCUCGUAUCACUAUUUAAAAGAAGGGAUGAAACAAAACAAAGGAAUUGAUAAUAAGUAUAAGAAUCAUCUCUCUGUUCAUGAGAAAUGUAUGAUCCAACCAGGUAAAUUUGCCGCAGGGAGAUAUAAGCAAAUGGAAGAGCAAAACAGGGAAAGUGAUGAAAGGGGAGAAUCGGAAGAAAUGGAAGAAAUAGAAAAAUUGGAAGAAUCGGAAGAAAUGGAAAAAUUGGAAGAAUCGGAAGAAAUGGAAGAAAUGGACAUAUUGGAAAAAUCGGAAGAAAUGGAAGAAAUGGACAUAUUGGAAGAAAUGGAAAAAUUGGAAGAAAGGUUGGGCAAAAAAUCGGGUGAAAAGUUGGAUAAAGAAAUGAACAAGGAAUUGAUCGAAAAAUCGGAUGAAGAAUGGGAGAAGCAAUCAGAUGAAGAAUUGGACGGACAAUCAGAUGAACUGGACGGACAAUCAGAUGAAGAAGUUGACAUGGACGUAACAGCGGGAAAAAUCGAAAAAAUAAUUAAGAACAUUAGCAGAAACAUGUCUAAGAAAUCGUCCAAGUUAGUAUCAUCUCUUUAUAGUAAGCUAAGGAACAGCAUGGAUGAGCUCAGGAAUCAUUCGAAAGAAACGCCCGCAGUGGAGGGGAAUGAAGAACAUAUGAUUAAUGGAGCACGAAAAUAUCAGUUGGAGAGAGUUACAAACAGAGGAAAUAAAAAUGGGUUCCCAUCUGAAUUAGAAUCCGUCGACAAGAAUCCAAAACGAGGAAUCGACGUUGGAUUGGGGUUGAAGAAUGGGUACAUUGUGGGGGAUGAAGUGGACAAGUAUGAACGGGAUGAGUGGAACGGAGAUUUGUUUGUCGAGGAGGAGAAAUGUGAUGAUGAGACUGCAGAUGAAGAGGUUACAGAUGAAGAGGCAGCAAAUGAUGAGGUAGCAAAUGAUGAGGUAGCAAAUGAAGAGGCAGCAAAUGAUGAGGUAGCAAAUGAAGAGGUAGCACAUGAUGAGGAGACAGAUGAAGAGGUAUCAAAUAAUGAGGUAGCAAAUGAUGUGGUAGCACAUGAUGAGGUGACAGAUGCAGAGGUGACAGAUGCAGAGGUGACAGAUGCAGAGGUGACAGAUGCAGAGGUAACAGAUGCAGAGGUAACAGAUGAAGAAGUAGAAAAACCUGCAGAACGUGAACGAUUCGUCUUACACACAAGGAACACUGAAAUUUUAAAACAAAUCAAUGAAAAGAGCGAAAAGAGUAAUACUUGCAUCGACAGAUUCCCUGAUGAAAGUAAUAGGAGGCACCCGGUUCAGAUGCACACAGGCAUAAGAGAAAUGAAUGUAGAGGAAAAUGAAACCAGUUGCUCCUUUUCUUCUGUUGUAAAAACAAAGCAAAAGAACAGUGCACUUAAGGAAAUACUAACUAACAUUAAAAGUUUUGAAAUAUGUGGUUCUACAAACUCAUCUUCUGUGGAAAGCGACUUUUUCCGUGAUUCUUCAGAUGAGGAAAUUGUUCCAGGUGGGAGAUAUGCAAGUGAAAACGGGAGUGAAAACGGGAGUGAAAAAUUGAGCGAAAAUAUAAGUAAAAAUGUGACUAAAAAUGUGACUAAAAAUGUGAGUAAAAAUGUGAGUGAAAAUUCUUGUGGAGAAUCCCCAAAUGAAGAGAAAAUUAAGGAUAACUGUGUUAUGGCCAAAGGUGACUAUGAAGAAGAAAAUUUGCAUUCCGAAAAAGAAGAGCCAAAAGAAAAUAAAACAGAAGAAAUCAAUCGACGUGGUCCUCUGAAUUCGUCCUCAUUUAAAGGAUCUAUCUUAAACAGUGAAAAUGAAUGUAAGAAUAAAAAAGUAAAAUGCUUUUCGUGGAAAGAAAAUUCAAAUGAUGUAGUUUUUAUUGAUGGCGUCAGUACAACAGGAGCGGAGGGAAAAAGAAUCAGUUACAAUAAAGCAAGUGGAAAUGGUACAAAACUUAAAUCGAUUCGUAAGCUAGCCAUGGGUCAGAGGAAAGAAAUAACUGAAACAAGGCAAAAGAACCACUCGACAGAAAUAAAGCAAGUGACCGAAAGAGACGAAGCAGAUGAAGCAGGAGAAGAAGAAGAAGAAGACGAAGAAGACGAAGAAGACGAAGCAGACGAAGCAGACGAAGCAGACAGAGCAAAAGAAAUCCUUUGUAAAGGCUCAACAAGUGGAAUAGAUGAAAAAGAUGCAGAAAAUGAUAAACCAAAGGAAAAAAAAAAUGAGAAAGAAUUAAGUGAUAUCAAGACGGAAGAAGAUAACAAAAAACUUCUGAUGAAUUCAUUGAAAUUAAAUUUACAUAAAAAUGAAAAAGAAAAAAGUUUCGAGGAAGAAAAGAAAACGAAUACAUCACAUCUUUACUAUUCGAAGAUUAAAAAUUUUCCCCAUUAUUCUGCCUCUCUUAAAUCAGAAUCUACAGAUGUAACCGAAAGGGAUUUACAUAAGUAUGACAUCAAAUGGGAAAAAGGGGUUCUGAAAAAAUAUGUACAGAAUAGUGAACUUGAUGGGGAAAACAGAUUUAAUGGGUUUUAUAAAUGGAGGGAUAAUAUCAUCUGUGCAUAUCCUGUUCGUGUACAGGAAGUUAGGGUUCGGGAAAUUGGAGGAAGGAGCGAGAGGGAGGAGAUUCAAAGGGAAGACAGUGAAAGAGAUGAGAGCGAGAGGGAAGAGAGCAUGAGAGAAGACAGUGAAAGAGAUGAGAACGAGAUGGAAAAGAGCAUGAGAGAAGACAGUGAAAGAGAUGAGAACGAGAUGGAAAAGAGCAUGAGAGAAAACAGUGAAAGAGAUGAGAACGAGAUGGAAAAGAGCAUAAGAGAAGACAGUGCAAGAGAUGAGAGCAAGAUGGAAGAGAGCGAACGAGAAGACAGUGAAAGAGAUGAGAGCGAGAGGGAAGAGAGCGAACGAGAAGACAGUGAAAGAGAUGAGAGCGAGAGGGAAGAGAGCGAACGAGAAAUCGAAGGUAACGAAAGAACAAACAUUGAUGAAGAAGGUCUAGACAAUAGACGAUGCCUCAGUAAUAAGGGAACAAGCACUAGUAUGAAAAUGAAGGUCGCGAAAGAAUUCAGAACUGGUAAGGAGGUCUUGGUCGAUUGCAAAACCAGUAGAAGCAAAGAAAACCUGAAGGGGUUGAAAACACGGGGGUGCACAGAAAGUGGCACAGACCUUUUGAAAAAGCUGAACUGUCUUCAAACAUCAAGCAAGAUAGAUUCAAAUAUGAGCAACAACCUAGUUUUUUAUCUUAAGGAAGUCUGCUUGAUGCUAGGAAAAGAAAAACAACACAAUAAUAUUCUACUAAAGGAAAAUAGAAAACUUGAAAAGGAAGUAAAGUUAUUAAAAAAUAAUAAAGAAAAACUACAAAAGAAAAUUAAAAAUUUAGAAAAAAAUUACAAUGAAAAAUGCACAAUUACCAAGAGAUAUCAAAAUAUGCAACAAAGGUUCAAAUUAUCAGAACGGGACCAGAUGGAUAUGCCAGACGAUGACAUAGAACAACAGAAUAAAUACAUUGAAAACGCCAUGGAACACCUAUAUAAUAUAUUCUCUGAUGUAUUAGGGGAAGAGCAUGUAAUAACUAAGAGAAUAGAAAACUUAGCCAACGUGUACAUAAAAAAAGAGAAGAAAGUGGAAAUUUAUAUGAUCUCCAAGAGAAAGGAACUGGAUCUGCUCAAAGACGUAGAGGAAAUUGUCAAAAAAAAAAACGAAUAUUACAAGGAGUUGCAAAAAAAGAAUGAAAUUAUUAACAGCUUAAAUAGCAAUCUGAGCAAAAUAACAAAAAGCGUAUCAGACAUGAAGAGUGGCAUUCUUGAAAAUGAAAAAAAGACAAAAGACUUGUUGACUCAAUUGUCAAAGAAGGAUUCUUUGAUAAAGGAGCUGGAGAAAAAAAACAACGAAAUGGUGGACGAAAGAGAGAAAAUAUUUCAGAAGGAACGAUCACAAUUAUUGGACUUACUCAAUAAUAAAGACGAAAAUGUAAAAAGUGUAAAACACUACAAAGAAGAAAUAAAAAACCUGGAAGACAAAUUGAAAAAAUACUUGGACCGUAAUGUGCACAAGAUACAUGAUAAGAAUUACGAAAUAAUGGUGGAUAAAUUGCAUGAUGAACAAAUAAAAAUACAUUCAUUGCUAACGGAAAAGGAAAAAAUUAUAAAUCAAAAAAAUAUACAAAUUGAAAGCUUAGAGUCUCAGUUGCAAUCCUGGGCCGAUGAGGCAACGAAUUGGGUUGUCGUGGCAGACAAGCACACCAAGCUCAUAACGAAUCAUAACAUACUCAAGAAAAACUACGAAGAACUCAAGUUCAAGUACAUUAUGGACAUGAAGUAUGUCCAAACAAGCAAAAACGAGAAAGUUAAAGAACUUAUAAAAAGAUAUUCAUGA